GUCUGCUCUCUAGUUACAGUAUGGCGGCUGGGACUUGCGGAGGAGGACAACUUCUUCCAGAUUCCUUCCAGAAAACUGCAGAAAGGCGACGGCAGUAACAGCGAACCACCGCAACAAACACAAACUGUACUGCGACAGACGACGACAGCGUAACCUGUGGCUUUUACCGAGGCUUUUCCCGGAAGAUAAUCGCGCUGGUGUGAUGCGUGAGGACCCGCCGUCAAGAAACUCCCCUGAUUUUUCCGCGUCUGUUUCUGCCCCGACUGUCAGUUAGCCGGCUAGCUGCUAGGUAGCUCACCUUCAUGCUAACACUCGCUUGCAGGGCUCUUCGGUAGGCAAAAGUGAGGCUAGCCUGCUGCUUUUAUUCGCCUCAGGAGACAGGGAUGGCAUAUCGGAUCCAUUCAGUAAGCGAGCUGGUUGAGAAGGGCGGGGAGAAAACAUUUGAGGACCUGAAUGAUAACUUUGUCAGCACUCAUUAGCCUAGCCUAGCCUAGCCAGAAACCGUUGGCCGAGAGUUAGCGCUUCGUAUGUCCACUAACGAGCUAGCCAAUUAGCAUUUUUAGUUGCACAAGACGACCUGCUAAUCCUCACUUCAUUCCAGCGUGUGUUCUUACUAAUUCAGACACAGAGUGGGCACUGGACCGCGGUAGUUGGUUAGUUGAUCUUGACUGUUUGGUAACUCAGGGGUGUUUAGUCGGCGUUCAGACGUGCUAGCGGUUCUGUAGGUGUUCUCUGGAGGGAGUGGUAACGAUAGGUAGCUAGCUAAGGUAGGCUCCCUGUAUCAGGGCAACAAGGUCACUCAGAUUAUGACAGGCUGUAAAUGACACAUAGAUUACAGGUGACACUUUACGGAACGACAGAUGUAUGCAAGCCGACUGCAGUGUUACACGGUGGGGUGUGCGCCUGUUAGCCUGCUGCAAGGCAUGACAACACCGCUUUAAAGCGCGCAAUCAUUUGAUUAAACUGCCCCAGGUAUACUUCCACUACAUAGAUAGCUGGCUGUAUUGAUCAGUACUCUCAAGUAUUGACGUGAGGGCCUGAAGAUCCAGUCUGGAAGCUAACUGGUUUUCCCCCUCCUGCUCCAGUGCUGGACCAGUUUGAUGGACGUGGGGGGCUGUUGGCCAGGCUGUCAGAGCUAUACUCAGUCAUGUAUGUCUUGACACAUGGUAUUGUGGUCUGUACAUAGUGCCUGCUGUCAGAUAUCAGUGUCGUUAUGUAGCUUUGGUGGACAGUCAAUGAGAGGAAUGUCUUGUCUUUUUUAUACCUGUUGGUUUGUUUUUUAUUUUGAUUUCUUUUCAAACACGGAAGAGUCUUGUUGAAUCAGUGCAGCCCAGGCUGUGCACAGUGGACAAUGUUCAUCAGUUAGUGCCUAGAAGACUAGAGGACGAACAUUUCUGCCUGUAUUUAGGCCACAGAUAUUGUAGAUUAUUCACUGGGGAUUGCAACAGAACUCCGCCACUCUGGAUCAGGAAAACGUGUCCCUCGUGUCUGGUUGGAGUAAUACUCUCAAGCCAAAAUCAAUGCCUUCAGCGCUGGCUGUGUUCGCUUGCCGACCAAACUCGCACCCAUUCCAGGAGCGGCAUGUUUACCUGGAUGAGCCAGUCAAGAUCGGCAGGUCGGUGGCUCGGUGUCGCCCGGCCCAGAAUAACGCCACCUUCGACUGUAAGGUGCUGUCCAGGAAUCAUGCCCUGGUAUGGUUUGACCACAAGACUGGCAAGUUCUACCUGCAGGACACUAAAAGCAGCAACGGGACGUUCAUCAACAGCCAGAGGUUGAGUCGCGGCUCAGAGGAGAGUCCGCCCUGCGAAGUCCUCUCCGGCGACAUCAUCCAGUUUGGCGUCGACGUGACUGAGAACACACGCAAAGUCACUCAUGGCUGCAUCGUGUCAACAAUCAAACUCUUCCUACCUGAUGGGAUGGAGGCACGCCGACGAAGCGAUGUCAUCCAGGCUCCGUUACCACUGCCUGUAGACAAGGUUGCAGCCAACACUCCCAGCAUGUAUUCUCAGGAACUGUUCCAGCUCUCCCAGUAUCUACAGGAGGCCUUACACAGAGAGCAGAUGUUGGAGCAGAAGUUAGCCACUCUGCAGCGUCUGUUAGCCACCACACAGGAGGCCUCAGAGAGCAGCUGGCAGGCUCUGAUCGAUGAGGACCGUCUGCUCUCCAGGCUGGAGGUGAUGGGCAGUCAGUUACAGGCUUACUCUAAGUCCCAGACGGAGGAAGGGAUCCGUAAAGAGCUGUUGGCUCUUCAGGAGGACAAACACAACUAUGAGACUACGGCCAAGGAGUCUCUGAGGAGAGUCCUGCAGGAGAAGAUUGAGGUGGUCAGGAAGCUGUCAGAGGUGGAGCGUUCGCUCAGUAACACAGAGGACGAGUGCACCCUGAAGGAGAUGUCUGAGAGGGGUCAGGAGGAGCUGAGGGAGCUCGCUAACAAGUACAACGCUGCCGUCAACGAGAUCAAAGAGCUCACCGACAAAAUUAAGGCGGCAGAGGGUCGUCAGGAGGAGCUGACUCAGCGGGGGGCGACGGAGAAGAGGGAGUUGGAGCUGCGGAUCGAGGAGAUGGAGGAGAAGGAGCAGGUUCUCCAGGCUCGCAUCGAAGCUCUGCAGGCCGACAACGACUUCACCAACGAGAGGCUCACUGCCCUGCAGGUGCGGUUAGAACAGCUCCAAGAGAAAAGCAUUAAAGAGAACAACAGUCUGGAUGUCAACGUUGUCUCCCACGAACCCGUAGAGGAGCCUGUGGAGGACAAACAGAGCCUGCAGACGCCUGAGGGCCAGGAGGAAGACGAGGAUGAGGAGGAUACAGACACCGAUGAUGGUGCAGUUGGUGAAGAGGAAGAUAUUGAUGCCGUCAAACAGCUGAAGGAGACUGUGAGUUCUUCCAUCCACAAGCUGGCUAACUUUGACGAAGUGAUGGAUGCUCACCUACAGAACAACCAGUCUGCAGAAGACGACAUCCUGGCCAGCCCCGAUCGACUCAAAGGGAACCAGAUGGACGCCAAAGAGUCCGACAUGUCCGACACUCUGAGUCCCAGCAAAGACCGCAGCAGCGACGACACGUCAGACGGCAACAUGGACGAGCAGGAGCUGAAUGAACCACAGAACAGAGUAGCGCUGCUCAAAGCGGAGCUGCAUCGGGCCGGUCUAGAGCCUGGAGACACAGAGCAGGUCAUCCACCAUCUCCACAGGGAGCUUCUGGAGGCCCAGGAAUUAGCCAACACUGGCAAGCAGAAAUGUCUGGAGCUCCAAGCUCUGCUGGAGGAGGAGAGGAGGAGUAACUCCAAGCUGACUGAGGAGUCGACCAAACAGAUCCAGUACCUGCAGACUCAGCUCGGGAAGCUGCAGACUGACAUGGAGGCGCUGAGGGAGCAGAGGGAGAGCACCAUCUGCAGCACCAGAGAGGAGCUCUACUCUGCCCAGGAGGAGAUUCUUGUCCUGCGACACACCAUGGAGGCGGCCACGGCGGAGCGUGAGCGUGAGAUCGCUGUCCUGCAGUCAGACCUGGGCAGUGUUCGCUCUGAGCUGGAGCACUGGAGGAACACGGCUACCAGAUACGAGGAAGAGAUCCGCCGACUGCAGGAGGCCUUCACGCUGCAGCAGCAGCAGCAGAACACGGCCAGCCAGCUGCAGGAAGAGUGCGUUGUGUUGCAGCAGAGGUGUGUGUGUUUGCAGCAGGACUGUGACAGCCUGAGAGCUGAACGGCAAACUCUCACAGAUAAACUGAACCGCCUGGAGGCUGAGCUGAGCAGCACCAGGGAGCAGAGUCUGGUCCUCAGCAGCAGUCUGGAGUCUCUGGAGAAGAGGGAGGAGGUUUUGCAGGACAAACUGGGUUCACUGGAGAAUCAACACCUGCAGGACGCAGGUCGACUGAAGAGCCAGCUGGACCAGGCCCAGGCCCGCACACACACACUGCAGAGAGAGUAUGAAGACACACAGUCCCAGCUGCUCGACCUUCGUCAGCGCUAUGAGAAGACAGAGCAGGAGAAGCUGAACAUCCACCAGGAGCUGGAGCAGUGCAGGAGCAACCUGAAGCUGCUGCAGGACAAGACCAGCUCUAGUGGCUGGAGCCCCUGGAUGCCGGUCAUCGCAGUGAUGGUCGCUGUGACGGCAGCCGUCCUCUACCCGAACCUCUCCAAGAGCAGCUCCACCUGAGACACGAGCACAGCGCUGCGAGGAGAGCAUCACUGCUUUACUUGUAUAAAGUCUAAUUGUACAUAAUUGUAGAGGGAAUAUAAAGGUUGUGGUUCCUACAGAGGACUCAGAUGCUUCUUGGUUUAUUUUGAUUUCCUUUAGUUUUUCUGUGAGUGGGGGGUUUGUUUUUAUCCUUGGCUCUCUCUCAGCUGUGGUGGGGGCUUUUUGGUUUCUGUCUCUCUGCUGAUUUUUAGGAAGCGUUGUUCUCCAGCAGGCUGCUGAGCUUCCAUGCUAAACUAAACUACAAAACCCUGAUGUGAUGCUCCCACCAGGCGAGCGUGAAGCUUUCCAGCUGCCUCAGUGCUGGUGGAGGAAGAUGAGCGUCCUUCAUCACUGAGGGAAAGGUUUACAGACGCUGCAGAUGGUGUUUAUCUGCAGCUGUAAGCAGCACAGCAGCACAGCUCCACGUUCAGUGCUUCAAACCACCUGCUUCCUACAGACGUCUUCAACAUCUGCGUUGCUUUUUUCAACCUUUUCCACUGCAGGAACUUGUUGGCUGAUUCGGGCCUUGAACCUUUCUGCAUGUUUGGACCACAAGAACCAGUGUCAGUGCUAUUUUUGGUGGAUAGAAAAGUAGAAGUCCAGGUUAGAUACUUGUGAGCUGUUACUAUGUUGGGCUCAGUGCUGAUUGGUUAAGCUCAGAGAGGUUUUUGCUCUCUUAACGUCCCUAUUGGGUAGCAGUCAUCUCUCAAACAGCCAUCAGAACCCUAAAAUUUGCCACAUAGGCUAACAAAACAAACCCUCUAUUGUUCUGUUUCCUACAGUCUCAGAAAUGGAGGUGCAUCGUUGUUUUGGUGUCCUCUGACUGAGCGUUGAGGUUAAAUCUGUUGAAUCCUUUUUCGGCUCAAAAAGCUGCUUACCAAAACACUUGAACCUAAACUAAAAAAUAAUAUGUAUUCUCAUGUUCUGGUAGAAGUUUGCUUUGGUGGCUGCAGGUGUCAGGUCCAAUUCAAGGCUGAAUUACAAGCCUGGAGGUGUUGGUAACUCACUGAACAGUAAAUCUCCUUUAUAUCAGGCUGGAGUUCAGUGAAUAGACUGAUCUAGGCUGUAGGAGCACCAAUGAAGCCCAGCCAGUGAUGAAGGUCAUCAGUUCUGCAGUCCACUGAGUCUGCUGGAAAGUUUCCUUUAGGAAGUUCUGCUCUGUUCUGCUUUCAUGUUCUAACAGUGUUUUCUGUCUUUUGUUUGUUUUUUGGGGUUGAAGGUUGAAACUUGAAGCCAAAUUGAAAUUUUUUAUUUUUUUUUCCACUUUUUGAGGGGUGGGGGGCACAGAAAAUGGGGUCAAAGUGCCUCAGAUGUAACUAACACCACAGUUUGUGUGUGUGUGCAGACAACCACAUCUGAUCAACACACACAAACACACACACACCUGUGAGGCCCGUUGCUUGUAGGAGCUUUACCAGCCUCUUCUAGAGCUUUCAGUUGCUGCUCAUUGCCGCCUUCGCCCCGUGGAGGCGGUUCAGGGCUGUGACUGAUCACAAGAGUAGUGAUUGAAUUUAAUCCAGAAAAAGUCACUCCAGAAUCCGACCCAAUGUCCUGUUUUAACGGAGCAGUGAACAGCAAUAGAUCCCAGCCUGUGAAAAGCAACUGAUGAAGCCGGUGAGAUGGAGGUUAGAAGCUCCAGAAGUGACUGACAAAUGGAGUUUGAGUUGUGCCUUCAGCUCUCACACUGACGUCCUGAAACAUCUCAACAUCUCCUCAAUGGAUCGAAAUUUGGUUUGAUGUAGCUUCAGUUCUCCACAGAACAUCUGAAAAACCACUGAGCAAAUUCUGUAAAAUUAAAAAACAAAUUCCCUGUUGUCAUCUAAGGCUACCGUUAGCUUUAUCAUGCUAAUGGUAGCGUUGAGGCCAGCGUUGGCAUGGGAGCUACACUCUUCCAGCUACGUUAGCCGACAGCAUGAAGGACAGCUCAGACUCCUGAUAUAAAUCCUCUGAUUUUAACAUUCAGUCACAGUGGGACACCAGCUGUGUGUUUGGUGACCUCAUGUCAUCUUAAAAUGAGGUUUCUGUUGUAAAGUGACUGUGAUUCUGAGGAUGACGCUGCUUAGUGUCACGUUAGUGUUUAAAUAACUCAUCAACACCCAGGUUGUAACUGCAGCUGAGAAACAUCAGUGAAAGCUCUGAUUUAUCCACUUUGGCACUUCAUUGUUGGAAAAUGUGCCAAAACAUUAAACGUGCACCAUCCAUUCACUAAAACCUGUCCUUUAAAUCGAUUAAACCCAAGCUGGACGUGUGGGGUGCUGCAGCCCUGGAGCUGUUUGACAACGUGAAUGUUGGAAAGUCAUAAACUCUGUCCCUUGUGUUGAAGAUGAAGCUACUUUAUCCACAGAAAGCUUCACAGGGUUUAUGCCCUGCACAGCAUCACACUGAGGAGCUGUUUGGGUUUCUUAUUUCAAUGUGAAAAGUCUCAAACAGAAGAAAAGUGUCCAAACCUUUAACAGAAAAUGCAUUGUGAGACCAACACUGGGCCUCUACAGAUAUCUGUGUGUGUUUGCGUGUUGUUGAGGGGAGGGUUGUGUGUCUGUUCACACUCUGGACUUUUUGAGCAGCGCUCGUCAUCGUCCGUGUACUCUGUUUCGUCUCUGUGUUUUAAAAAAAAAAAAGACAACGAACAAAUAUUCCUGAUGUUUAAAGAGAAAAACACUACAGUACAGAGAGAGAAUUGUAAAAUAAAAUGUUAUUGAAUGAUGUGCUACUAGACUUAUUUUGUUAAAAUAGUUUAGAGAAAUGAGAGGGGACUGUGUAGAGGAUAUGAUGAUGCAGAUGUAUUGAAUAUGCAGAGCGAUGUUUGGAUUAAAGUUGUAGCAAGCUGACCCACCAAA